AUGUCUGUCCGCUCAGCUCCCAACAUAAUCCUUUACACAACCCAGACUCCAAAUGGAAACAAGGCAUCCAUCCUUCUCGAGGAACUCGGUAUCCCUUACCGCGUGUACAAACAUGACUUCAGCGCUCGAACUCACAAGGAGCCGUGGUAUUUGGACAUCAAUCCCAAUGGUAAAAUCCCGGCCAUCACAGAUAUCUUCAGUGAUGGCAAGGAGAUUCACAUCUGGGAGUCCGGAAAUGUGCUGAAAUAUCUCGUCGAGCAAUACGACACCGACUUCAAGCUCUGGUACCCACACGGGACUCGUGAGAACUAUGAACUUUUCAGUUGGCUCUUCUUUCAGGUUGGUGGUGUUGGCCCUUUUCAGGGACAGGCCACGCACUUUCUGAGACAUGUGCCCGAGAAGAUUCCGUAUGCGCUCGAUCGAUACCACAAUGAGUCAAGAAGACUCUACUCGGUUCUGGAAAAACAACUUUCAAAUAAUAAUGGGGGAUAUAUUGUCGGUGAUAAGUUCACCAUCGUGGAUAUUGCCUUUUGGAGUCUGGCUGCGACAGCUCCGUGGGCGGGUCUGGACCUUGGGGAGUUUCCUGCCGUCCAGGCUUGGUAUACCAGGCUGCUGACGAGGCCAAGCAUCCAAAAUGGAAUGAAUGUACCUGAGCCACAUGGUGUCGUUGCUUUAGCAGAGGACAAGGAUGGGCAGUUGACCAAAAAGUUUGAACAGUUCCAUCGGGAAUGGGUUAUGGAUGGCAUGAAGAGUGAUGCACAGAAAUUAGAGGCAUGUAAGAAGGGAAGCGCCGAGUAA